UCUCCGUUGAUCCGAGUUUGUUACACCACCACCACCUUCUAAUGAAUGAUUGGCCUGAAGACGCUCAUCUGCCCAUUGAUAUCCUACCUAUCGUCGCCAGACACUUGGCUUCUGACAGAUCUCUCCACAGCCUAGCGACGCUUCUCCAGCUUUCCACCGAACAUCAUCGUCAGUUACAAUCCCUACUGUACUCGGAUCUAGUCUUUUCGUCCGACGCCUCGUUCGCCUCUUUUCUUCGAGCGACCGAGAACCGUAUCGAGCUCUUGUCCCUCGUGGAAAUCGUAAAGAUCGAUGAGGUGCCGUCUCAUGAUACGACAGAGCAGGUGCUGCGACUGGUCGAACGAGUUCCAGGUCACCGAAUUUUCCCCCGCGUCCAUACGGUGAUCGUAUCAGAGUAUGCGCUUCGACAGCUGGCGGAAUCGGCCCCCUCAGUCGUCUACAACGCCUCCAGGGCACUGUUCAAGCGUCAAGAAGCUUUCUUCCGACUUGCUCAACCUCGGAUACUGCGAGAGGUAUGUCCUGGAGAUCUCCGCACAUCGAUCCCUAUCAGUGAACUCGUCGGACUCGCUGCUCGCCUUCAGGAAUCAUGGGCCAAAUUGGAAUGCAUCGAGCGACGGGGCGCAGAGAGUGAUUCAAUCUUGUCUUUGACAUUCGUCCCUGGCGCACAUGUCGUCCUGGGCUUUCACCUGGUCCGAUUGCCCCAAUGUCGAUUUCCAGUGGGAUGGAGUGACACCCUCGUGGCUGCCUAUCUGUCGCUACUCUGCAGACGAGGGCAACCAGAGAGAAUGGCAGAUGAGACGGUCGAGGAUGCGUCGUGGCCUGAAAGUCGACGCCAGGCCUUUCUGCGUUAUAUCCAAUUUGGAUUGGCGACGGCUCUGGAGCGAGGCUCAUCUUCUACUGUCCAGCGCAAUGCGCCUUGGAAGCUGGCUGUCAGUGUUGGACCCAUGAGAUCAUGAC